AGAUGCCGCCUUCAUUUGAAGCUCCCAAAGCCCAACACCUCUCCUAGCCUCCUUCCGUCCCGCCGCCACUCCCGUCAUGGGCGAUUCCGCGGCGGGCGCGCCGGAGCCGAGCAGGUUCGGCAGGAUCUGCGUCUUCUGCGGCAGCAACCCCGGCAAUCGCGCCGUCUACGGGGACGCAGCGCUCGACCUCGGCAAAGAGCUGGUGGCGAAGGGGAUCGAUUUGGUCUACGGCGGCGGGAGCGUCGGGCUCAUGGGCCUGAUCGCGCAGACGGUCCUUGGUGGCGGCUGCAGUGUCCUCGGAGUGAUUCCGAGAGCACUCAUGCCGCUUGAGAUAUCUGGUGCUAGCGUUGGAGAAGUUAAGGUUGUCUCCGACAUGCACGAGAGGAAAGCUGAGAUGGCACGGCAAGCUGAUGCCUUCAUAGCUCUUCCUGGAGGGUACGGAACAAUGGAAGAACUGUUAGAGAUGAUAACGUGGUCACAGCUCGGAAUUCAUGACAAACCAGUCGGUUUGCUGAACGUUGAUGGCUACUACGACCCGCUGCUCAUGCUGUUUGAUAGAGGGGCAACGGAAGGCUUUAUCAAGCUAGAUUGCAGAGAUAUAAUUGUUUCAGCGCCAACUGCCCAUGAGUUACUGAAGAAGAUGGAGCACUACACUCGGUCGCACCAGGAGGUCGCCCCACGGACGAGCUGGGAGAUGUCAGAGCUGGGCUAUGGAAAAGCGUCGGAGUCAUAGCGUACGCUUACCAAGAUGAAAUCGUCGUCCCUGGAGUACGUUCUUCGUCUAGCAUCUAGUUGUUACUCGACUGCAGGCAUUGGCAUUCAAGCAUCAUCUUUAGAUCUACCCUUUUAGCUGUCACUCAUGGUACGCUCGAUUGUUAUUGUUACUUCAUCUGGUGAACAAGAGUAUAAGAAUUUGUAUAUGUUCUUCCACGUCAACGGUGCUGGCAAAAGCAUAUUACAAACAGUACUUUUGUUCACCGUGGUUACAAAUAAUACAGUUUGUACGAUGAAGGGAUUAUGUUUACUAUUGUAAUGUCAUAACGUGUAGGUAAUUAUUACGUUUUGCUGAACAAUCUGAAGCACUCCUGUUGAUCACCCCCUUCGAUUCCUUAGGGGAUCAAAACAGGGCAACAAAGUUAGAGAUGACAUAUCUUCAUCCCU